UUAAAUAGAUCUGAUGUAGAUAUUAACUGGUUUUGGGCUCUUUGUUUUGCAAAUUUAUUUAGGAGCAUGGCUAACUUCCACUGUAGCGAGUCCUACCGGUGGUCUGGAAAUGAUGUAAUAGGAAAGGGUUCAACGGCAACCGUAUUCAAAGGGCGUAAUAAGAAGACGGGGGAAUGGGUGGCAGUUAAGCUUUACUUUUACAAAGAAUAUCUGCGGCCAGAGGAGUACCAUAUCUUGCGCAACAUCGAGCACAAAAAUAUCGUCAAGUUUCUCGCCUUUGAAACAGAGGCAAUUAGUCAGAACCCAGUGCUAGUGAUGGAGCUGUGUUUAAGUGGUUGUUUGCUCACUCAUAUUCAAAAACCUGAAAACUUCUACGGUCUCGAAGAGCAGGAUUUUCUUGGACUUCUCCGCGACACUGCAAGAGGUUGGAACUAUCUGCGAGAGAAGAACAUAGUUCACAGAGACUUCAAACCGAACAACAUUAUGCGCUUUCUCAGAGAUCCUCAAGGGGCACCAGAAGUCAUCUACAAGAUAACGGAUUUCGGAGCCGCCAGGUUCCUACAGCAACAAGAGAACUUUGGCUCAUUUCAUGGAACUCAUGAGUAUUUGCAUCCAAUGGUGUUCAGAGAACUGUUGAACUAUGAAAACAGAGAUCCCAACAAGAAAUCAUUUGAUGCCUCUGUGGACAUUUGGAGUCUGGGAGUGACACUUUAUCACGCAGUUGCAGGACACAUUCCAUUUGACCCCUUCGAAGGCUGCAGGACAAACCCGGCCAAACACAUGGAAAUAGUUCGAAACAUGACACCCGGUGUCAUUUCCGGACGACAGCUGCACAAAAAUGGAAGUAUUUGCUACUCGAAUAAGCUGCCGAUUGAGUGUCAGUUGUCGGAGAACUGCAAAGAGUUAACUGAAUAUUUUUUGGCCAAUGUGUUUGCGAUGAAAUGGCAAUUUGGCGAGUUUUUCUUGACUGUUCAGAAUUUGCUUAGCAAGGUGGUGAUUCACGUUUUUGUGCUUCACUCAGGACAGGCUGACCGCAUCUACAUGAACAGUAAUGACGGGUAUUCCCUGUUGCAAAGCAACAUCCGGAGGCGUUUUUCUAUCGACCCUUCGACAGAAAUGAAGUUCAUGCUGAACAACCAGGUGCUGGAAGUGUCCUCUCAAUCAAUGGCCACAUUCCCAAAGACGUCCAACGAGAGUCCCCUUGUGAUCACAUUGGAGUUCAGUGAGCCAUUCAACCUGGUCAAGGACCCACCAGUAGUCAACGCACACAGUUUUCAAACGUCAGACUCGAGAAAGGACAGCAAGAAGGCGAGAGAGAUCUGUGCAGACAUCCACAGGAUCAAGAGACGCAUCGAGACAUAUCACUCCAAGUCGGAACUGAUCAAAUCAACCACCGAUAAUGUCAUUGCCACAUUCAAUUCAAACGUUGAAAAACUUCAUGCAUCUGUACAGGAUUUAGUGGAAGUUGCCAAAGCUAACGACACUUCUCUGGAUAUUGCGUACGAAAACUAUGUUAGUGUCUACCGACUAGCAGGAGAAGUGUACCAAACUACAAAUGAGAACUGCACAGCCAUUCUGACAUCAGUAUCAGCCAAUAUAGAGGAACAAAGGGAACGAUUUCAGGCUACGAAGAGGGAACUGAGUAGUCUGGACCAGGAGCUGAAGCAUCUCCACAAUGAGUAUGUUGUCAAGGGAUUCCUGCAGCAGGAAGUGAAGGAGCAAGAGCCAAUGGAGACCAUAUCAAGUUACAAUGUUGGGAUUAUGGGAAGUAUUUAUUCGGACGCACUGGAUCUGCUCAAGAGCAUCGAGAUGCGAGAGAGAAGAAGAGUCAAUAAUUCAGCAGUUCAAGAAGAGCAGUCAGUGGACCAAGUGAUUGACAGGAGCGUGUUGAUAAAUUUGUACAACAAAGCAAGCGAGCAUCUGAAAAAUUGCUCCCAGAUGCUGCAAUGUCUGCAUGACCAAAGGAAAGAUUUCUUCUCGACCCUAAGUGAAGUCGAUCGCCGGGUAUCCGAACUGUCAUCCAAAACGAUGAAGCUGAGAAAAGACCUGAAUGAAUUCACCACUGACAUUACAGCAGUUCAGCGCCAAAAUGUGGAAGAUAUUCAGAACAAGCUGCUGCCUAUUCUGAAGAGUCUUUUUUUGAAAAAAGUGAAAAAGGAAGUAAAGCUAAAGAAAGAGUUUAAGAUUCUGGCUAAUCAGUUGAUGAGUCUGCAGUCGACGACGGAGAUCAAUCAACAACUUCUACAGGACGUCAUAUCUGCAAGAACUGCUAAUGCGAGCAACAUUGACGGCCUUUCUUCUCACUUCUCAUCCACCAAUAUUUCCGUCGACAGUGACGCUGUUAGCAGUGCGCCUGAAGAAUGAUGAUUAGAACUAUUUUGGCCACGUGCACAAAAACUGAUGAAUCGAAUCCAGUACUGUAAUAAUUUUCUUCAUGGUCUGAUACCGUAUUCUAUGCAUCAGAUCGAAAAGCAAGCUGGAUGUGUUCGUUUAUGAUGAUAUUGGUUAUUGAUGAAAUUUUGAUUAGAGGAAGAGAAGAACAUUUAAUUUUUUAAAUAUAUAGUAGCAUUUACUUCAAUUCAAUGUUAGUUAAUUUA